UUUUGUUUUGGUUAUAGAAAUCAUUGAGUCUUUCCAGAAUUUCUCCCUCAAAUUUGGUAAAAGUACCCAAAAUGGGUUGUGACUAGAUCAGGUACGAUCCCACACCCACACCCACGUCAUAUCGACACGGGUGCGGCACCGGAAAUGAAGAGUCUGAGCAACUUAGGGAAGGACUGAAAUGAGGGAGUUCCGAGUGGAAUUGACCUGGAUAAAGCCCUGAAGAAAGUUCCAUAGGCUUUAGCAACUUUGAGGGCAUCCAUCAAAGAAGUGGGGUUUGCCAUACUAACCAAAGGUUUGAUUUCAUAUUCCAACCCACUGAUAUAGCCGGAUAUGGAGUGACUUUCAUUAAGCAAUGGAUUAACCAACAGCAUAUAGGAUCAUUUUUGCAAACUUCUCCUGGUAACUAUCUACCCUACCAGUGUGUUUGUGGUUGUUAAAUUUAUCCACAUUGUCCAUGGAUCUGACAUUGCCAAAUCUGCGACACACUUCUACAAAAAACGUCUACCAAUUAGUGCCCCUCUUCUAAAGAUGUAGCUGAUGAACCACACAUCAGCCUUCUCCCUCAUUUAACUGAUGCAUAAUAUUUUGGUCUGGGACUUGUUAUAUUUUGAAAAACUGCUCACAUUGCGUAACCACCCCUUGGUAUUUGUCCCGUUGAACUCUGGGAAAUUGAUUUGGGCUUUGAAAUAUUUUCAUGGUUGUGGACAAAAGUGUUUCACAUUGGUAGUGGAAGCAGAGGGGGCUCAUUGGGAUUCGUAUUGACCAUCGGGGUUGCCGUAGUAGAGACAAAGAGAGCAGUCAACCCCAAUGAGACAGUACUCACAACAUGUGGAUACAGGGGUGUACUAUCUGGGGAAAAUAGUGGAGGAGAUGUAAAAUCUCUUUAAAGUGGAUAACUUGUAGUAGUUGAAGAUGGUGAUACCUGAACUCGUAUGUUCGAUGCAUGGCCAGCGUUGUAAAUAGUCAUGUAACCUUGAACACUUGAAGCUACGGACUGUGGAGAUUGUGGUAACAUAGAUGGAGCCUCAGUGCGUCGAGGUGUUUCGAGGCGUGAAAUAAUCAGUUCCAGCCUCUUAGUCUCGUGUUUCCUGCAGGUGCAAGUGAAGACCAAGAUGCAAACUGAAAGUGCUUUGUCAGUUACGGGGCCAAGGCCAAUGGAGUUGUCUGUUGUGCUUCCUAGGGGUCCGCAAGGACUUGGACCAAAUGGAAAACCACGGACAUCAAGCUUGGAGUCACCAAUUAUGUUGCUAUCUGGACAUCAAAGUGCGGUAUAUACUAUGAAGUUCAAUCCAGCAGGAACAAUCAUUGCAUCUGGUUCACAUGACAAAGAAAUCUUUCUUUGGAAUGUACGUGGUGAUUGCAAGAAUUUUAUGGUCUUGAAAGGGCACAAAAAUGCAGUUCUUGAUGUUCAAUGGACUACUGAUGGAUCAACAAUAGUAUCAGCCAGCCCCGAUAAGACUGUUAGGGCAUGGGAUGUAGAAACAGGGAAACAAAUAAAGAAAAUGGCUGAACAUUCCUCGUUUGUUAACUCAUGCUGCCCAGCUCGUAGGGGCCCUCCUCUUAUUGUUAGCGGAUCUGAUGAUGGCACUGCUAAACUUUGGGAUAUGCGCCAAAGAGGAGCCAUACAAACAUUUCCAGACAAAUUUCAAAUUACUGCCGUCAGUUUCUCUGAUGCCUCCGAUAAAAUCUGCACAGGUGGUAUUGACAAUGAUGUAAAAUUGUGGGAUUUACGAAGGUGUGAAGUAACUAUGACUCUUCAAGGCCAUCAAGAUACUAUAACUGGUAUGCAGCUGAGUCCUGAUGGGUCUUAUCUUCUUACUAAUGCCAUGGAUUGCACGCUUCGCAUAUGGGACAUGCGCCCUUAUGCCCCCCAAAAUCGAUGUGUCAAGAUCUUGGAAGGCCACCAACACAAUUUUGAAAAGAACUUACUGAAAUGUAGUUGGUCGCCUGAUGGAAGUAAGGUAACAGGUGGGAGUUCUGAUCGCAUGGUUUAUGUUUGGGACACAACAUCUAGGCGGAUCCUGUAUAAGCUCCCUGGACACACUGGAUGUGUUAAUGAAUGUGUUUUUCAUCCUAAUGAACCAAUUGUUGGAUCUUGCAGUAGUGACAAACACAUGUAUCUUGGUGAGAUUUGAUUAGUAUUACUACCUUGUCUAACCUUGAGCUAAAUAUUUAGGAUGAGAUUUGAGAAGAAGGUGAGGAUUUAUGGAAUGUAAUCAAAGUUUGUGCACACUAUGGGCAAACAUUUGAACUGAGAUGUGGUGAUAUGCUUGCUUCAUUUGGAGUAGUUGAUAGAUGUUAUUGGUGAUUGGGUAGUCACUUUAUUUACUUUUUUGUUGUUGAAUUCAUUAUUUAAACUUUGGCUUGAAGACCGAAAGUGUUGCUGCUA